AUGUCUGGCGCAACUGAAAAGCACGAUGGUGCCGUCUUGGACCGGUCCAUCUCCAAGAAGCAGGCCGACUCGUCGCAGGACAACAGUGUCAUGGGCAACGAAAUCUAUGGCGAAAUCGCCGAGUACGACGACAACGUGUCUCGCGCUGACCUGGAGAAGCAAAAGACUGCUCAGGGUGAGGCACACUUCAACCGCCUCGGCUGGAAGCGUCUCACCAUCAUUCUCAUUGUCGAGGCUAUUGCCCUCGGAUCUCUCAGUCUGCCUAAGGCCUUUGCCACCCUCGGCAUGGUAGCCGGCACCAUCGUCUCCGUGGGCCUUGGCCUCCUGGCUAUUUAUACGUCCGACGUCGUCGGCCAGGUCAAAAUCAAGUUCCCUGAAGCCGCCCACUACGCUGAUGCUGGCCGUCUUAUCGCCGGGCGUUUUGGAUACGAAGUAAUUGGUGCCAUGUUUGUCCUACAGCUUGUCUUCCUGGUCGGAUCUCACUGUUUGACUGGUACUAUUGCUUUUGGAAACAUUGUCGAUAUCACCAAGACUGGCACCUGCUCGCUGGUUUUUGGUGGCGUCUCUGCCAUCAUCCUCCUGAUCCUGGCCAUUCCUCCGUCCUUUGCGGAAGUUGCCAUCCUCGGAUACAUUGACUUUGUCUCUAUUGUUCUCGCCAUCGGAAUUACCAUCAUUGCCACCGGAGUGCAGGCUUCGAAGUCGCCUGGCCUGCACAACGUGGCUUGGUCUGCCUGGCCCAAGGAGGAUCUCAGCUUUGCCGAUGCCUUCAUAUCCGUUACCAACAUUGUAUUUGCUUACUCUUUCUCCAUCUGCCAAUUCUCCUUUAUGGACGAAAUGCACACUCCGAAAGACUACAAAAAGUCCAUAUGGGCCCUUGGUCUUAUUGAGAUUAGCAUCUACUCUCUCACUGGUGCCCUCAUCUACGCCUUUGUCGGACCCGAUGUCAAGUCUCCUGCUCUGCUGUCGGCCGGUGACACCAUCUCGCGCAUUGCUUUUGGAGUCGCCCUACCCGUCAUCUUCAUAUCUGGUUCUAUCAACACCACUGUCGUCGGACGCUACAUUCACGGCCGUGUCUACAAGAACUCCGUCACCCGCUACAUCAACACGCCAAAGGGCUGGGGCACCUGGCUGGCUCUGGUGUUCAUCAUCACCGUCAUUGCCUUUAUCAUUGCAGAGUCCAUUCCUUUCUUUUCCGAUCUGCUUUCGAUUUCGUCCUCGCUCUUUGUUUCGGGCUUCACCUACUACUUCCCCCCCAUCAUGUGGGUUAUGCUCAUCAAGGAGGGCCCCGUGUGGGCCCCCCACAACCGCGUCAAGGCUGUGCUUAACCUGUUCGCUUUUAUCGUUGGCAUCGUUGUCCUCGUUGGCGGUACCUAUUCGAGUAUUGUUGAUAUUAUGCAAAACUAUCGCAACGGCAGCAUUGGCGGCGUCUUCAGUUGCAAGCCCAUCGGUUAA